AUUUUAGAUCCAACGGUUCAAUUUAACUCGAAAAUUUGCAAGCAAAUAAAGUACUAUUUGAAAUAAAACUAAAAAAACAAAAAAGUGAGUCCUCGAGUGGGAAGGGUUUUGCAAGGGGUUUAGGAAAUGAAUUCAGUGCGGCGAGGUUGUCAUGCGUCCAACGCCAUUCUCCUCCGUCUUCGCCAUUACUCCUCCUCCACUCGCAAAUCCAAAUCCAAAUUUCCAAAACCCACUGAAAUACCUUUUCAACCCAAACUUGCCAACUCUGUCAACCUAAUCGGUACCGUUCACAAACCAGUUCAUAUUCAAACUUCUCCCGACGGAAAUCUCUUCGCCUCCACCGUCAUCACUCGUCUUGCCCAAAACUCUUCUUCUCUUUUGAUUCCUGUUGUAUUCCAAGGUGAUCUUGCUCAUACUGCUAAUUUUCAUCUCAAACAAAACGACGUCGUUCAUGUUGCUGGACAACUCACUACUCAUCCUUCACAUUCCACUCCUCUUUCUCAGUUUCAGGUUAUUGUUGAAAGCCUUAACUUUGUUCAAGAUUAUCCUCCUGUGGCGAAGGCUUCUUUAAAUUAUAAGGAAAAAACAAUUUAUUCGCCCGAAAGCAAUGAGGAGGAAAUCAAUCCAUCACAGAAAGAUAUGCAUUCCGAGCAAAGUGAGGAACAUGACAAAGAAAAAUUCUGGAAGGAUGUCCUUAAUAAUCCAAGUGAAUGGCGGGAUGUCCAAUCAACAAAGGAAAGUGCAGAAAGUACAGCUUUUGAAAGAAAGCCAAAUGGUGAAAUACAAUCUGAAGUGAAACAAUCAAUGACUGGCGGGGAAAAGAAAUACCCAGACUCUUUGUCAAGUUCUUGGAGCAAUCUUCUAGGCGAUCCAAAGCAGUGGUGGGAUUACCGUGAUAGCAAACGCAAAGAAUUGGUGAGUCCAAGGUACCCUGACUUCAAGCGCAAGGAUGGAAGUGCUCCUAUCUGGAUCGACAGAGCUCCAAAGUGGGUUUUAUCUAGACUGCAAGAACUAGAAUUUGACAUUCCGGUUGUUAAACCCAAACAAGCAAAGGACGGUAAUGGUGAUCAGUCCUGGAACGAUUUGGUGCAAAAUCCAGCUAAAUGGUGGGAUAAUAGAUUAAACAAGAAGAAUGAAAGAGGUCCUGAUUUCAAGCACAAAGAAACUGGUGAAGGGCUGUGGCUUAAAGACUCACCAAGUUGGGUGUUACCAAAAUUGCCACCCUUGCAGCCUAAACAAAUUGAAGUAAGUAGUAACUAGAAGAAAACAAACACUGACUUUACUAGCAUUGGAAAAAGAAGCAGAAACUGGAGUCAAUUACCAAGUUGGAUUAUAUCAUUCUGCCUGUUUUUUCUGUUUCUCUUCCAUGUAAUUAAUUUAUCCUUUCUCAAAGUUCUGUUGUUUUGAUAAAUCAUAGCAGUGAUUUGAGAUGCAGUACAGUGAUCAUGUUUUUGAAACCAUUUGUCUUUAUAUUAAUUAAUUAAUUAGUCUACAUUUGUGUUUGUA